GUUUCGUGGGUGGGAAGGCUUACUGCGACGAAGCCUUGCAGGGACUUCGCGCUCACACUGUGACGCAGAUCAUUCGGAAGAGGAAGUGCAUGUCGGAUGUCUCCUUCUUGCAGCCGAUGUGCACGAUUGCUGCACCCACCACCUUCCUUGACGAUCUUGUCGACUGCCAGCACAGGUGUCAAGACCACGACUGGUGCAGCAGCUUUGCCUACAACACGCUGACAAAGAGCUGUGACCUUCAAUGCGCGAAUGCAACGCCGAUCCAUGCGCCGGUGUACGCCAUGUCAGGACCCAAGAUCUGCAGCUUGAGCCUUGUGCUCGGGAUGACAUUGACCUGUCCAUGGAACUUUGACUACGAGGCGGAGAAAUGGGCCCAGGUGCUCGUCUCGGGGCUCGUUCAUGCCGUGGCGAAGAUCCGGACGUUGGGAGGGUCCAGGGCGAAUGCUCUGACAGCGCAGGCGUCCCGGCAGAACCUGGAAGUGACAGAAGAGGAUGUGGGCGUCUCCAUGGACAAGCCAGAGGACAGCGCAGACAACAGCCGGAGCUACCAGCUGCGCUUUGAUGUGAACGAGCAUUUGGCUAUGUAUCUCUACUCGCUGCUGAAGUCGAAGUCCACAGGCUCGAAGUUCAACGAGUACACGGAGAACUUCACCUCCAACGCGGCGGAGACGGUCCUCAAGUCGCAGUGCCGACCGAAGGUCAGCUUCGACUUUGUGAAGAAGCACGUGGAAGGCAAUG